UUGUGCAUAUAGUCUAAUCUACUACAGGAGGUGAAGCUGAAGAGUAAAGCUAGAGCUAGGAAGGAUCGAGGAGUAUUUAAGAAACCAAUUGCCGCUGUUUUAACAAGGUUGGAGGUAGAGAACGGUCAGGAGCUCAUUAAACAGAAAGAGAAGGUGCCCCUCCAAGAUAUAGAUUCGAUAAGGGCUGAAGCUAAGGAGUUCAUUGGUUCAAACCUCGAGACCAGUGAUUCUGAAGGUUUUGUUCCUGGCGGAUGCAGGAGAAUCACAAGUAAACCUUAUUCAAGGAAGAUUAAACGGUUUCCAGGAUUACCAGCUGCUGUCUCCAAGCUGAUGGAAGAUGAUGAAGAUCAGAACGAAUCUUUCAAAGUUCUCCGGGUUGGUGAACUCAGCUCAGACACGGAUACAGAUAGAGAACUUGAACCUAAACUAGUCUCUCCGAUGAAACCUGACUUCUCAGCUUUUGUUAAAUAAUCAAACCAUCUUAAGAGAUUUGAAUCUUUGUUGAUAUUGUUAAUUAUUUUUUUUCAGACAUGUUUAGACAAUAAAAAUGCCCCGACUAAGUGUUCUGCACUUUAUUAAAACUACACCAUGCCAGGCCAGACAAACAAGAACGCUGAGUACCUAUAUUCAAGCCUGUAACAGUAGAGAUGAUCUGAAGAAUGCCAGUGAAAUCAGAAGACCGACAUGUAAGGAACUGCCUGCUAAAGCAAAAGUUGUGAUAUGUGGAGGAGGGGCUCAAGGAGCAGCUAUAGCUUAUAAACUAGCGGAGUAUGGUUGGGGAGACGGAGUUUUACUCCUGGAGCAAGGAGAGCUGGGAGGUGGAACCUCAACCCACGCAACCGGUCUCAUGGGUAUCCUUAAACCAUCAGCCAUAGAAACAAGAAUAGCAAUAAUCUCCAGAGAUCUUUACAGAAAGCUGGAGGAUAAGGGAUGGUAUACAGGGUUUAAAACCUGUGGAAGCUUGUAUGUAGCAAAGAAGAAGGAUAGAAUGUUUCAGUAUAAAAGAAUGAAAGCUGCCAGUGUUCAGUUCGGAUUAGAAUCAAAAAUUUUGACCCAGAACGAGGUGAAGGAGUAUUGUGGUCUGAUUAGAACAGAUGAUCUUCUCGGAGGUCUCUGGGUCCCAGGGGAUGGAGUAGCAAACCCCAAUGAGAUCUGUUUAGCCCUUGGAAACGAAGCAAUGGCCGGCGGAGUCAAAGUUUUAGAAAAUUGUGAGGUGAAAAGAAUAAUAUCUAAAGAUGGAACUGUGAAGGCUGUGGAAACUAGUCAUGGAACCGUGGAGUGCGAUUAUUUUGUAAAUAGUGCAG